GAGGGAAAAAAAAAAGAAUCGCUCGACAAACAGGAAAACUCUUACACGGCGGACAGAGGCACAGAGCUGCUGCGCAGCGGCGGCGGCGGCCUGGAUCUGGGCUGUGUGUUGGCGUAUCCUGGUGGGGGUGGUUGAUGAGCCGCCGGCGGGGUGCCUGGGCCAGUGUGGGAAGAGGUCGUCGAGUCCGGGUGGCACCGGAAUGGGUCCGGAUGCCAUCGAGAUGAGGGCGGCGGGGGUCGGAUGUUGCGGAGGUGCCCCGGCCGACACGCGCCACCUCUGUCAAUUCAUCUGUGGAAGGAAGCUAUGGAGACAGCUUUGGGGCCUUCCUGCUUCUUCUGUCCUUUUUUAUGUAUGCUGUGUUCUACAGUUUCCAUGUCCAUGUUCUAACUGCGAUUUGUUUCUUUCAGAUGGAUGGAUGGAUGGAUCUGCUACGAAAUACGAAGUUCAUCAGCUGCAACAACAGGACGAGCUAAAUUGGUGACUUUUUAUAAGAUCCGGGAACAAGCAUGUUAAUUGGGGAUAUAAUAUGUCGGGGAUAUCAUAUCAGCAGUAAAUUUGUUAUUUACUUUCUUUGUAUGGUCAUCUACGCAUCUGUUCUCAAUACAUCUUCUUGCACCUUCAGUCAGCCUUCAAGCAGCGAUGUCUUUCGAUAUUAACGUCGUUAAUACACUGAUCGGGUUGUGGGUUCUGAUUCUUACCAUUUCAGGCUUUCAGCUGAGGAGGUAAGAGAUCCAACUAUUUGUCAUCACAUUCUGCUGCUCGUGUUUGCAGAGCGCUCUUAAAUUUCAACAACCUGCUUCAUCUUCCGCGUCGAAAAUGAAAUAUUAAUGGUUCGACAACUGCUUUAAGAAAUUAUCUUGAUUGUGAAGGGGGCACUGCUUUCCUUUAAGCAUUCAGUUAACAUAUUCAGUGGCACUUUAUGUAUCUCAUCUCAUGGACAGGCACGGCACGCAUAGAUAGAAUGUCUUUGGAGUUGGACUGAAGAAAAGAAAGAUGCCCACUCCAUUCAUUAUGCUCUUGGGUUCCAAUCUAUCAUCAAUACUUUAAUUUGAAUGCCCUGCCCAAGCAAACAAAAGCAAAAGGGAUUCCUUGUCUCUCUCUUCAACCCAAUGCUCACACAAUCAAUGCAUUAUGUGCUCUUUUCUUUCAUAAACUCUUGCCUCUGCUGUUACUUCAGUUGGAACUGGGUGCUACGAAAUUCAUCAUCUGCAGCAGGAGGUGACCUUUUAAAGGGUCCAUAUUUAUUGGGGAUCAACAUCUGCUCUCUUUUCUCAGUGUCACAGUUUCAGGAAUUCAGAAACCCAACUAUUUCGUCAGUCCCGUUCUGCUGUUAGUGUUUGCAGAGGGCUCUCUAAAAUUUCUGCAAACCGCUUCAUGUUCUGCAUCACCAAAAAAUGAAAUAAAGUGGUUCGGCAACUACUUUAAGCAAUAAGCAUGAUUGUGAAGGGGGGCACCUCACAACGAUUUAUUAGUAUAUUCGUCAAGCAUGGCAAGUGGCAGUUAGUUUACAUAUUCAGUUGCGCUUUCCGCGCACCGGCCAGCGGCCAGUGCACACACAUUCUAGAAUGUCUUUGGACUGAAGAAAAGAAAGAUGCUCACUCCAUCCAUUAUGCUUUUUGAAAAGCGAGGCUUGUUGCAACUUUGGUUCCAUCAUCGCGCGCAUCCUAAUUUCGAUGCCCAGGCAAGGCAAAGCAAAGCAGAAAGGCCUCCUUGUCUCUUGUUUUGAACCCAAUGCUCACACAGCAAUCAAAGGCCUGCCUAAUCUGAUUCUAACCCCACAGAGAAUUCACAAGCACAGCACAGGAGCAAUAUUCCCAUCGCCAUCGCCAUGAGCGUGAUUGCGGCUGCUGUGGGGAAGCAGGUCCUCGACAAGCUGGUCGGCGACCUCGGCGGCAAGCUUGGCGGCGAGCUGGGCAGCUACGUCCUGUCAGAGGUCACUUUGCAGUGGAGGUACAAAGACGACGUGUUCAAGUUGGGGGAGAAGAUGAAAGAUGUGGAGGCCGUGCUGGGUGAUGCCGAUAAGAGGUCGCGUCGAGGAGGACGAGAAGACGGAAGAGUGUAUGAGCGGUGGCUUACCAAGUUUAAGCGUGUGGCCUAUGAUGUGGAGGACGUGUUCGAUGAGUUGGAAGCCAACGAGCUCAUCAAGAAGAGCCAACCCAAGGUCAGCUUAUGGUUUUCCAGAAACAAUCAACUCCUGCAGCGAAUGACCAUGCCCCACAAGAUGAAGAAGGUGAUGGAAAAAAUAGACGCAAUUGAAAAGGAGGGCAGAACGAGGCUCAGUCUUGUGCCGCAGGAAGCAAGGGGAGAAGGGAGCAGAAACAAUGAAACACUUGCAGCCAACUGGAAUGCUGCUGGCAUGAAAACUGGAAUGGUGGGCAGGGGUAUCGAGAAGGAGAAGAUAAUCAGCCUGCUACUCACAAGUGAAGAAGCUAACCAGCAGGAUAUCUCCAUCAUUCCAGUUGUCGGCCUCGGUGGCAUAGGCAAGACAACAUUGGCUGAAUCAGUUCUUGCAGACAAGAGGGUCAGUGUCUUUGACAUCUCAAUAUGGGUUAAUGUGUCCAUGGAGUUUGAUUUGCACAAAAUUGGGAGUGUCAUCCUGAAAAGAAUGAUGGAUAACACUAUCAACCUUGACAACUGUGAUUUGCAGUUUCAUCGUCUGAAAAAAGAACUUGCUACUAGAAGAUACUUGAUUGUUCUGGAUAAUCUCUGGGAAGAAGAUGGAAAUAAGCUUGAAAGGCUCAAGGAGAUGUUACAGCAUGGCCGAAAGGGCAGCUGUGUUAUAGUAACUACCCGAAACCUACGCAUAGUGCAACAAUUGCGCACUGGUUUUCUUGCCAAUGAGAGGAAAAUUUGCCCAGUUCCUGAGUCUGAAAUAAUAGAGUUGGAUGUUUUAGAACCUGGUGACUGUUGGGAAUUAAUGAAGCAAAGGGCAUUUGGGCCUGAUGAUGACCAUACUGGCUUUGAAAAAAUUGGAAAGCAGAUUGCAGCCAAGUGUGGAGGAUUACCGCUCGUGGCAAAUGCUCUUGGGCAAGUAAUGUCAGAGCUGAGGACCGUGGGGGCAUGGGAACAUAUAAGAGACACCAAGGUUGUUUUGGAUUUUCAAGAAGAACAUCAGCAGGAAACAUUAGAGAGUCUAAUGCUGAGCUAUUACUGCAUGAAGAAAGAAUUCAAAAUGUGUUUCACGUACUUGGCAGCCUUCUCCAAGGGCUUUGUCAUGGACAGCAAUCGUCUAAUCCGGCAAUGGAAUGCACUUGGAUACAUUAAUUCAAGGCAUGAUGGUCAAAGGUGCAUCAACUACCUUUUGGGGAUGUCCUUUCUUCGGAUUCCAGGAUCCGCUUCGGUUAGUCCAAGUGCAUUGCAUUUCAAAACUCCUCCAGAACUCGUCAUGCAUGAUUUGGUGCAUGAUCUUGUGUCAAGAAUUGUUGUUGAUGACUUCAUUAAGCUCGAUGCUACCAAAAGCACAAGCUGGAACAGACCUCAUUACUACCGGCAUGCACAGUUAACCAACUUGAAGAAUGAUCCUAAGGUUUUCAAAUAUAUUCCAGGCAAACUUAGAUCCCUCCACUUUAGGGAUUUUGGGGGGAUGCAACUCCCGAAAAAGGCAUUUUCUCGGUGCAAGUACAUACGUGUCUUGGACCUAAGUGGACAUUCAGCUAAAGGCCAAUCAGCUCCAAGUAGCGUGGUGCUGCCAUCUUCCAUUAGUCAAUUGAAGCUAAUUCGGUAUCUUGAUGCCACAGGCUUGCCAAUAGCAUCACUUCCUAAGAAUUUUCAUACACUACAAAACAUGGAAACUCUUAUUCUAUCAAAUUCCUUGCUUGAAACCUUACCUGACAGUAUUUGUCGCCUCGGCAAACUUUGCUAUUUGGACCUAUCUGGCAGUAGCAGGCUCAGUAAGCUGCCAGCAUCACUAGGGGAGCUCUCUCAACUCUUUUUUCUCAAUCUAUCCGGAUGUUUUAUACUCCAAGAGUUGCCUGAAUCAAUCUGUGAGCUUACAUGCUUACACCACCUAAACAUGUCAGAUUGUUGUGCUCUUCAAAAGCUCCCUGAUAAAUUUGGUAGCCUUCCUAAACUCUCCUUCUUAAACUUGUCAAGUUGUUCAAAGCUCACCAAACUACCUGACAAUAUAAGCCUUCCAUGUUUAGAGCAUCUGAACCUAUUGAGUUGCCAUGAGCUAGAAAACCUGCCAAUUGAUUUUGGCCACCUUCAGAAACUUGAGUUCUUGAACCUCUCUGGUUGCUACAAGGUUUUAAUGCUGCCAGGGUCAUUUUGCCAACUUAAUCAUUUGAAGUACCUAGAUCUUUCAGAUUGUCAUAACCUUGAAAAACUCCCUGACUGUUUUGGUGACCUCGUCGAGCUUCAGUAUUUGAACCUAACAAGUUGUCCUAAACUCCGACGAUUGCCUGAGUCAGUAUGCAAGUUGUUUAAGCUGAGGUGUCUCUAUUUGUCAUACUGUCUGAGGCUCAGUGAGCUCCCCUCCUCAUUUGGUAACCUUAAGCUUCAAAUACUGCACAUGAAUGGCCUUCUAUAUAUGUAUGACUGCCCUGAUAGCAUUGGUGACAUGACCAGUCUCACCCAGUUUGUGAUUGAUACUGCAACUUCUAAGCUGCUUGAGAAGAUUCCAGCCAUUCAAAAGCGUCUAAAUCUCGUGGGCACAGUAAGGCAUGACAUACAUGAGAUAGGGAGCAGAGGAUGCAGCAGUAUAGUGGACCUUGUGGGAUUGACUUGUUCAGAGCUGAUACUUGCAGGGCUUCAAAAUGUCAGGCAUCCAGAAGAUGCAGACAGAGUCAGACUGCGUGAUAAAUCGGAUAUUCGAUUGCUUAAACUUCUCUGGGAAAACCAAGAAGGUAAAUCAGUGCUGGACAGGCUCGUACCUCCUCGGACUCUUGAACACUUUCAGCUACUUGGGUAUAGCAGCAAGGAUUUCCCUAACUGGAUGUUUCACAUCUCGUCCUAUCUCCCCUUUCUCAGCGAACUGACUCUUAAUGGUUUGGAAGCAUGUGAUUCUCUUCCUCCAUUCGGGGCACUGCCAAAUUUAAGAAUGUUGUGUCUGAAAAACAUUCCCAAUAUUAGGAAAAUCGGUAAGGAAUUCUAUGGAGAGGGUAGACCUUGUAUGAAACUAAGAGUAUUGACGCUGAAGUUGAUGAAGAAUUUGGUGGAAUGGUGGACAACAAAGACAAGUGAAGAAAACAAAGAGUUCCUAAUCCCCAAUUUGCAUUUUUUGUUUGUAGUGGACUGUCCAAAGUUGAAGUUCCUACCAUAUCCCCCAAGAAGUAUGAAUUGGGGUUUGAGCAACAGCGACACAGUUUUGCCAGAGCGAGGAUUUGGAAACCUCUCCUCUUAUAUUCAUCCUUCUGAGAUCGUUCUGAAGAGCUGUAGUUUCUCUCAAGACAGGUGGGAUAGUUUUCAACACUUUACCACCCUGGAGAAUUUUUAUGUAUACUCCAUCAGUGGCUUGAGGACUUUGCCAGAGGUCAUGCGAUGCUUCACUUCUCUCACUGGACUAUGGUUGGUGUCGUUGAAUGACCUGGAGACACUCCCGGUAUGGUUGGGUCAGCUCGGUUCUCUACAGCUCUUUCACAUCCACAAUUGCCCUAAGCUGACAUCUUUGCCCGAAAGCAUGAAGAAUCUCACCGCUCUUAGAAAACUGAGGUUGCUAGAGUGCAAAGGCCGGGAGAUAUUACCGGAAUGGUUGGGACAGUUGACUUCUCUAGAAGAACUUUUCAUCAGAGAUUGUCCCAGCCUGACAUGUUUGCCUGAAAGCAUACAGAAUCUCUCUGCUUUGAAGCUACUUAGAAUUGUUCGAUGUCCGAGUCUAAUUGCGAGGUGCCAAGGGGAGGAUGCCCACAAGAUUUGUCACAUCUCCAAAGUCGAAUUCAACUGAGCUGUUUGUACAAAAUUGUUGGUCUCUUAUGCAGAACUGGGGAACCCUUGGCCAAGUGCAGGAGAGGAACUGGGAUAUUACAGCUGGGUAGUUCCAUCUCGACGCCGGACGCCCUCUGCCCUUUGGAGGUGGAGGUGGGCACCGACGACCCCGGCUUCCUCAGCAUCUUCUCUGAGGCCAUUGUUGCCGCCCACCUCUCCAUUUUUGCUCCCGGUGUUCUAUCCCUGCUGCAGAGAAGAAAUUGAACCUGCAUCAAACAACUAUGCGUCACUGGAAUGCAACUUCUUAUUGGUUUUCUUCUCUUUAGGCUUACAUCGCUGUUCCGGGUUGCUGAACCUUGCAAAAAGAGCAUGAGGCAGAGCUCAAGGAAGUGGGCAAUUCCAAGGAGCAGUUUCUUUGAGACCAAGUUCUCGCUGGGAUUCUCAAGGAGCGUAUUUUGAUGACGGAGGAGCUCUCCAGUAGCUGACUGACUAAUGUUGUACUACUACUGUUACCGUUGUGAGUUAGAAAGGAAUUGAACGUGACUCCAGGGCCUCGAGGAGAGGAACCAUAUAGCAUACAUCUUGGGCCUGCCUGUGCAAAUCACUAGGUACCGAGUGUGCCUGGUCAGUUGCUUCAGGACAUGAUCAAUGUGCCCAGUGAAUGGAAAGACAACACAAGUUACUCUCCAACGGCCGUCCCUUGUUGUCUAUUUUUGCCAUGCUGGAUUGUGAGCAGAUGACCAUUUAAUUAUAAGGUUUUGUAUAUAGUCGCUUAUAAGGUUUUGUAUAGUCGUUUAUAAGGUUCUCGAUGGCUCAUUUAGAAUCAAUCCCAGUGCAUGCGUGCUGAUCAUGCUGCUGCCAUGCCAUGGCAUGUUUCUGUUGUUAUCGAUCCAUUACUGGCUGCAACUUCCAUAUACAAAUGAAGAUGAUGAUUUAGAUUC